UGGAAGCUCUGGCUAGCACUGUCAGCUUUAGAUAUAUUUAUUUUUAGCUGUAAAUUUUAUCAGAAAUACUUUAACAUCUAGUUCAUCUCACUCAGGCUUUCCUCAAGUUUUCUUUUCACUAUAACAGAUUUUAACAGAUUAACACUACAACAAUGGAGAUAGUUGAUGAAGAUAAUGCAGUUGGUGAUACGCUGGGUACUAAGGAAUGUAUUCUAGAAGGAUCCGCAAAAGUGUCAGGAAAGCAGUAUCACAUUUUAUUGAAUUCUAAUGGAUUAAAAUUAACAGAAACACCCAAAAGUAACAGAGAUAAAGAUAUUGAUUUGUCUUGGCAAGAUGUGAUCUGUGCUAAACCGAAUGCUAAACAACCAAAAGAGGAACAAAAUACAACUUUUCAGCUUUACUACGUUCAACAAGGGAAAAAAAACAUUUUGAGACACAUUUGUUGUAAUGUGCAAUUGAAAAAUGACCAAGCUGAAAAAUGGAUAGCUGCCAUACAAGAAUUUUGUUCAAAAGUGUCAUGCCGGCCCAAAAAAUUAUUUGUCCUUGUGAAUCCUAUUGGAGGAGCUGGGAAAGGUCGCCAGAUUUUCCAGAAAAAUGUUGCCCCCUUAUUUGAUCUUGCUGGGAUAGAAACUACUGUUGUUGUGACAGAAAAAUCUAAGCAUGCCCUAGAGAUUGGUGAAUCGCAGGACUUUUCACAGUUUGAUGGCCUUGUGGUUGUCGGAGGUGAUGGCUUGUACCAGGAGCUUCUUCAAGGUCUAACUUUACAAAAACAGAAGAAGGCUGGUGUCUUGUAUGAUAACCCUGAUGUAGAGUUACAGAGACUUGAUAAACCUAUUGGAAUUAUUCCUGCAGGAACUGGAAAUGGGGCCACAGGACUUGUGAAUGGAGUCAUUGAUGCUGAAACAGCUGCCUUAAAUAUUAUCAGAGGUGAACAUCACAGGGUGGAGAUCUUCUCUGUGUACAGCAAUGCCAAGUUUUUGUGUGUUUGCACAAUAAUAUUUGGCUAUGGUAUGUUCUCUGACAUGAUCAAACGGACAGACGAGUUGAGGUGGAUGAAGAAAGCCAGAUAUCCGUAUUCUAUAGCUGCAAUGUUGUGCAAAAAGAAAAGAUUUUUUCAAGCUGAAAUUAGCUACCGUAUUCAAGAAAUAAAAUCAAGUUCUGAUGAGGACAGUAGUCAUCAACACACAGUUUCAGACUGGAUACCUCACAAAAAUGAAAGCAAACGCUACAAUAGUGUCUUCACCAUGCCCUGUGAGAUAUUGGAUGCUGGGAGUAAUAAGAUCAUGCUGAACCCGUUUGGGGACUUUGUUCAUCUGGCCAUUGGCACAGGCUGCAGUCAUAUGGCACUCUUCAAGGUCUUCAUCAAUAUGGCAACUGGGAAAAAGAUUGAUCCAAUUCCACCAAAUCUUGAGAUCAUAGAGAGGGUGACAGACUUUAAAAUAAAUCUUGUGAGAGAUGAAAGCGCCAGCAGUGAAUCCCCAGCAAACAACAGGAACAGAGACCUAGAACAUUUAGUGGAUAUUGACGGAGAAGUUGUACAACUGGAAAAACCAGAACUGGAGAUCAGGCUCAGAACUGCAUUUGUUCCACUUUAUGGUUGCAAACAAACUGUCAAAAAGGAUUAAUCCUUACAUUCAAGGAUAAACUUGUCUUAUGUUUAAAGCAAUUGUUUUAUUUGAUCCUUACCAAUAUUUUGGUAGAGUCA